AUGGUUGACAUAUCGCUGGUAGACGAUUCCUAUGUGCUCCACCGCUCCUUCUUCGUACCGACGAAAGAUGGUGCCAUUUGGGCCAUAACAUUUACCACCUAUGGCGGAACAAUCCUAACAGCCGGCAUCUCUGUCAUUCUGACCUUGGUUUUUGUACAACUCUGGGACUUCAUCUGCUUCAUUGCCAUAGUACUUCCUGGAGCAACGACUCGGCGGCGACAUCUUGCUCUAGUAACCCUUUGGAAUUCCAACGAUUCUUGGUUCGCUUUUAAAGAACUGGCAAAAUAUGCAUUACAUUACUUUGGGUCCCAAUCUGAUUUUGUAUACGGUUUCAUAUUCUGCACCCUGGCGUUCAUCAUCUACGGUGGCAGUUUGUCACUGGGGAUCGUUGGACCCUCGUUGAUGCAAGUCGGCACUGUUGCACCUGCACGACCGAGUGCCGUCUACUAUCCUAGUUCGGCUCAAGAUACGGCGGCUGCACUUGCAAAGUAUGGGAUACUCUCUCCAGCAAAUUUACGUGCCCUCGGUAGUGUGGAUGCCUCCAUUGGUACACUGGCAGACAGUGUGAACAUAGGACAGCCAGUCCUUCUUGGCCAAGUGGGAGGCGAAAAUAUCUAUCAAUAUUCGUACACUUACUCGCUCACUGGGAUCGAUAUCGGUCUCCAACACGGUUCCGACCUUGCAUUAAAUGCUACAGGUUCUUGUACAACCGAGUAUGGAUGGAUUUCAAAGGCCUCGAACGCAAACGUGGAUGUAUAUCAAUUGUGGGAUGAUGCCAGCCAAGAGGUAGCGGUCCCCAUCAAUCCAUAUGCUCUCCAAGACGCUCCAAAGGCGACGUUCGCAUUUCAUCCAAAUGCAGCAAAUCAGUCCAUCGAGACUGGAAAUAUUUCCUUCGCUAUUGUGGCUUGGUCAGCCCACAGGGCGAGCAUUAAACAGGGAGGUGAUCCGUGGUAUGAAACAGAAGUUCGGACGGAGAAUAUUUCAGUCCCUUUUGACGCAGCCUUUUGGAUAAAGCGAUCAAGACCCGCCCUCUCCUGUUGGCAACACGACAGCUGGACCUACGGUUCCCAAAACGUCACCAACAUCUAUGGCCUUAGAGGGUUGAAAGGCAUGAAGAUUAAACCGGCUCUGCUCAGUGUCUUGGAAAGCGCUUUGAACGUCCCAGUGGUGGUAAACUUGGGCAACGGAGCUGGUCUUUCGGCGCUUAAAUCUGCGAGUACAAGCCCCAACGGCGCCAUAAAUGCAGAAGUUUCAAGCAUCUCCGACGAUCUGAAGCGUCUGAUUCUGGGCAGCUUUGUAUUGACACGGAAUGUCCUCUUGGACACCACGACGUAUCAGGCUGGGAGUGGACUCAACAAUAUCAUGCAAGACGAGAAUGGUGAUCCUCUCGAUGGUGCGGGUGAUUUCGUUCUCUCAAGCCCCAACUUCCAAACCUUUUCUCUGGUUGGCAUAAUUGUCCUCUGCGUGGUCUUUGUCACUCUCUUCAUCAUAAACAUCCUUUUGCAUCAAUUUCUUCGUCUUUACACUGAGAAAAAGCCGGGCGGGAAAGCCGAAAAGAAAAUGAGGCUGUUCAAAGCAUUGCCAGCAGCUCAGCUAUUCCGGCGUGUUUACGAACCUAAGGAUCAAGUGGAUACAGAGUGGCCGUGCUCUGAUGAUUUCCCAUCGAAAAAGGAUAAAACAGAAUUCAGAGUGGACAAGUGUUCAGAGGAGAAACCUUGCAAUGGCCAUAUCAGUGGCGAGCUUCCUGAGCCAGAGCCUGCAGCUCAAAUCAAUGAAGAAAAUUCCGCGACUGAGCUAUCGACGGGAAAGGAAAAGACAACUGUGGAUGUCCAGCAAACCCACGUUGUGCAAGAUUGA